AUGGAGGCGGUGGUGGAGGGGAAGGACUUCAGCUUCCCGCGCGAGGAGGAGAAGGUGCUGCGCCUGUGGGAGCGCCUCGACGCCUUUCACGAGCAGCUGCGCCGCACCGAGGGGCUGCCGGAAUACGUCUUCUACGAUGGCCCGCCCUUCGCCACAGGUGCCGCCCUUCGCCACAGGUGCCCUUCGCCACAGGUGCCGCCCUUCGCCACAGGUGCCGCCCUUCGCCACAGGUGCCGCCCCUCGCCACAGGUGCCGCGCUUCGCCACAGGUGCCGCCGCCACAGGCCUGCCGCACUACGGGCACAUCCUGGCGGGCACGAUCAAGGACGUGGUGACGCGCUACCAGACGGCCACGGGCCACCACGUCACGCGGCGCUUCGGGUGGGACUGCCACGGGCUGCCCGUGGAGUACGAGAUCGACCAGAAGCUCAACGUCAAGAGCCGCGACGAUGUGACGCGGAUGGGCAUAGACGUGUACAACGAGGAGUGUCGCAGCAUUGUCAUGCGCUACUCGUCCGAGUGGCGUGACAUCAUCACACGCGUGGGCCGUUGGAUCGACUUUGACAACGACUACAAGACGUUGGAUGCGGGGUACAUGGAGUCGUGCUGGUGGGUCUUCUCGCAGCUCUACGCCAAGGGCCUCGUGUACCGGGGCUUUAAGGUCAUGCCCUUCUCCACCGCCUGCAACACCCCGCUCUCCAAUUUCGAAGCCGGCCUCAACUACAAGGACGUGUCGGACCCAGCGGUGGUGGUGACGUUCCCGCUGCACGGGGAUGCGGACGGGGCGGCACUGGUGGCAUGGACCACCACGCCCUGGACGCUGCCCUCCAACCUUGCUCUCUGUGUCAACCCCUCCUUCUCCUACUGCAAGGUGCGCAACCGUGACACGGGCGCCGUGCUCAUGCUGGCGCAGUCCCGCCUCUGCGCCCUGCCUGGGCGCAAGAAGGCCAAGGGGGAGGGCAAGGGGGAGACAAAGGUGGAGGAGAAGGCAGCAGGGGAGGAGAAGGGGAAGGGAGAGGCGAAGGGAGGCAAGGCAGGUGGCGGAGAGAAGGGGAAGGGCGGCAAGGGAGGGGGGAAGAAGGGCGGAGGCAGCAAGGAGCAGAGCGGGGGGGCGGCAGCAGGGGGCGGGGGAGUGGAGGGGCUGGAUGAGUCGCUGUAUGAGGUGAUCGCCACCGUCACUGGCGCUGACCUCGUGGGCCUCACCUACGAGCCCAUGUUUCCGUACUACAAGGAGGCCAUGCCCACUGCGUUCCAUGUGGUGGCGGAUGGGUUUGUGACGGACGACAGCGGCACGGGCGUGGUGCACUGCGCGCCCGCCUUUGGGGAGGACGACUACCGCGUGUGCCUGGCUGCAGGGAUCAUCGGCAAGGGUGAGGCGAUACCGAAUCCAGUGGAUGACGAUGGGCGGUUCACGGACAAGGUGACGGAUUUCAAGGGGGUGUACGUGAAGGAUGCCGACAAGCCCAUCCUCGCCAUGCUCAAGGAGGCGGGGAGGGUGGUGAGUGUGGGGAGCAUAAUGCAUUCCUACCCCUUCUGCUGGCGCUCCGACACGCCCCUCAUCUACCGCGCCGUGCCCAGCUGGUUCAUAGCGGUGGAGGCGAUAAAGCCGGCACUACUGGAGAGCAACGCGGGCACGCAGUGGGUGCCGGACUACGUCAAAGAGAAGCGCUUCCACAACUGGCUGGAGAACGCGCGCGACUGGGCCGUCAGCCGCUCGCGCUUCUGGGGCACGCCGCUGCCCAUCUGGGCCAAUGCGGACCUGAGUGAGAUCAGGGUGGUGGGCAGCAUUGCGGAGCUGGAGGCGCUGGGGGGCGAGCGCGUGACGGACCUGCACCGGCACAAGAUCGACCACAUCACCAUUCCCAGCAGCAAGGGGGCGGACCACCCAAGGCUCAAACGCAUUGAGGAUGUGUUUGACUGCUGGUUUGAGAGUGGCAGCAUGCCGUAUGCGUACAUCCACUACCCGUUUGAGAACAAGGAGCUCUUUGAGAAGAACUUCCCCGGCCACUUCAUUGCCGAGGGGCUCGACCAGACCCGCGGCUGGUUCUACACGCUGAUGGUGCUGUCAACCGCUCUCUUCAACAAGCCCGCCUUCCGCAAUCUGAUCUGCAACGGGCUGGUGCUGGCGGAGGACGGCAAGAAGAUGAGCAAGCGCCUGCGCAACUACCCACCGCCCAUGGACGUCGUGGGGUCGUACGGUGCGGACGCGCUGCGCCUCUACCUCAUCAACUCGCCCGUCGUGCGCGCCGAGCCCCUGCGCUUCAAGAAGGAAGGCGUCUUCGCCGUGGUGCGCGAUGUGUUCCUGCCGUGGUACAACGCGUACCGCUUCCUCGUGCAGAACACGCUGCGCCUCACCUCCGAGGGGCUGCCGCCCUUCCAGCCAAUGACGGCGCGCCAGCUGGCGGGGAGCAGCAACGUGCUGGACGUGUGGAUCCACUCCGCCAGCCAGAGCCUGGCGGCAUUCGUGCGCGCUGAGAUGGACGCGUACCGCCUCUACACCGUGGUACCAUACCUGGUGCGGUUCAUCGACAGCCUCACCAACGUGUACGUGCGCUUCAACCGCAAGCGCCUCAAGGGCCGCACCGAUGAUCAAGACUGCCGCUUCGCCCUCUCCUCUCUCUUCCAUGUGCUGCUGAGGGUGUGCAAGGCCAUGGCGCCCUUCACGCCAUUCUUCACCGAGGCCAUGUACCAGAACCUCCGCAACGCCCUGCCGCAACGGUCCCCUGCACCUGAUGGCGGGGCGGGGAAGGGUGAGGGGCUGGGGGGGGUGGCGGAGGACGAGGAGCAUGUGGAGUGGGCGGAGGAGUCGGUGCACUUCUGCUGCUUCCCCUCCUCCGACCAGCACGUGGACGAGCGCACAGAGCGCAGUGUGGAGAGGAUGAUGAAGGUCAUUGACCUCGCGCGGAACAUCCGCGAGAGGAACAACCGCCCGCUCAAGACGCCCCUCAGGGAGAUGGUGGUGGUGCACCCGGACGCCCUGUUCCUUGAAGAUAUCACCGGCAAGCUGUGUGAGUACGUGCGGGAGGAGCUGAACGUGCGCUCCGUGCUGCCCUGCGCCGACACCAGCAAGUACACCUCCGUGCGCGCCGAACCUGACUUCAGUGUGUUGGGGAGGCGCGUGGGGAGGGCAAUGGGGGCGGUGGCGAAGGCGGUGAAGGAGAUGGACGCGGCGGCCAUCGCUGCCAUGCAGCUCAAGGGGGAGGUCACUGUGGCGGGCCACACGCUCUCUGCUUCCGACAUCAAGGUGGUGCGCGACUUCAAGGCGCCCGAGGGCAGUGUGGCGGGCGACAUGGACGCGGCGGGCGAUGGCGAGGUGCUCGUGGUGCUGGACCUGCGCGCCGAUACUGACCUGCUUGAUGCCGGCACUGCGCGCGAGGUGGUGAACAGGGUGCAGAAGCUGCGCAAGCGGGCGGGGCUGGAGCCGUCGGAUGCGGUGGAGGCAUUCAUUCAUGUGCAUGGGGGCGAUGGUGCUGAGGGCGCGCACGGGGAGAAUGGCAAGGAGGGCGCUGAGCCCAAUGAGGAGUCGGCGCUGCACCGCAUUCUGGCAGCUCAGGCGGAGUACAUUCGGGAAGCAUUGGGCGCGCCGCUGCUAUCUGCUGACUACUGCCCCUCACAUGCCGUGGUGCUGGCAUCGGAGCGCUACAGCGGGGUAGCGGGCGCCACCUUCACACUCACGCUCACUCGCCCCGCGCUCUGCUUCUCGCCGUCCCUCGCUGCUGACCUCUGCACCAGCGAGGCAGCGGCAGCCACGGCAGUGCAGGUGGCGCUCAUGGCUCGCGACCCCGCCAAGCUCAAGGCGGAGAUUGCCGCUGCAGGCGGCAAGGUGCAAGUGGCGGUGGAGGGAGUGGGGCAGUGGGCGGUGGAGCAGGGGACGCACCUCUUCCUCUCUGUCUCCGACUUCCUCCUCGCCCACCCCGCCACCCGCCCUUGA